GCCGUUCGAGCAGUCCUCCCAUUGGACCAAUCAGAUGGUUUGCUCCGCCCACAUGCCAAUUAAUUCAAGUGUCGACAGGUGUCGGCUCAUCCCACGCCAGACUUGUGACACCAGUCAAGUUAAGAGUUUGGAACAAGAAGGCUGACUUUUCGGUGGGGCGCCAACAGCAAAUAUGUUUGCUUGAACUAUUCUAGUUCCCUUUAUCUUUACUUUUUUUUUUUACUUGUCAGAGCACCCUACGUGCUUUUUUAAAUAAAAAAAAAUCCCCCCUCUAUGUUGUAGCAGAGAAGCAGUCUUGUUCUUUCAGGUGCUCCAUUUGAAACGACGCUAUGAAGGAGGAAAUUGCCGCCGCCGUCUUUUUCAUGGGCCGCGUGGUCAAGCGCUACGGGUGUCUGGACAACGACGGCCGUGAGCGCUUCGGCGCCGCGCUCACGUCCGCCUUGUUUGAGAGCUACAAGAACCACUGGCACCCCAACGUGCCCACCAAGGGGCAGGCCUACAGGUGUCUGCGAAUGAACCGGGUACAACAACAGGAUCCGGUGCUUCAGAAGGCGUGCGAUAGAAGCAGCGUGCGCUACGAGGACUUGGGCCUGCCUCAGGAGCUCACCGUGUGGGUUGACCCCGGAGAAGUGUCGUGCAGGUACGGCGAACACGGCACCCCCUUCUCCAUCUCAAAGGUGGACGGCAGCCGGCGUGCCGACGGCCAGUUCUCCCGGCGAGUCAACGACGCCGUGGAGCGAGCCAGCCUGGACGUACCCUCGGAGAGUUCUUCGGAUGAGGAUGAUGAUGAUGAUGGGGUGGAGGAGGAAGAGGGCGGUGAUAGCAGCAGCGGGCCAUCUGCUGCUCUCGGUGCCGAACCCAAAACCAUCCCGACUGUUAGCAAUCCCAAAAGCGUCUACCGGUUCAGCGAGUUUGCUCCCGGCGCACCCCAGACAUGGCUCACCCACCCCAAAAGGAAGCCAUUCGGCGGGGACACCUUCCUGCCUCUCGUCCCUCUACCUCAUCUCUCACCACAGCACCUGGCGGGCUCCAAAGGUUUCCAUUCCUACCGGGCUAUGUUUACCUUCACUGGGCCUCGUGUGGAUAAGUACCACUGGGUCAGCAAGUCCCGCUCCUAGAAUUUUCUGGAUCAUCGGUGAAGGGAGAGGGGAAAAAAAAAGUCUCGGGGCUGUUUGUGUCUUUGAAGGAAAUGGUUUUGAAUAUUUGUGCAUGAUUUAACUUUUUUCACCCCUUUUUUAACGUCUUGACACAAGUGCUUUUAAGUAAUUCUAACUGUAAAUGUGUUUUUAAUCACCGGUACCUGUGAAUAAAGUAAAUUGUGAACUGUAGCUCAAAAGAAAUAAACAGAUCCGUUUCA